AUGGCUUCGGGUGCUUUGGCUCAUCUAACACUUUCCCAGACUCAUGUCUUCUGUGAGGAAUCAGCAGCACCGGUUAUAAAAUCCUAUUCGCUAGAUCCGAUGGUGCACCCGCUGCUUCCCAGCAGCAACACCACUACCCGCAACGCGGAUUUAAUCGAUAUGAAGGAACUUGUCGGCCCCAUUAUCAACAUGCUCUCGAGUCUAUACUGCCUCGUAAUAGGGCCCGGUUUAGGAACGGUCCCCAUCACCUGGCAACCAGUGUCCGAAGUGAUGCGGAAAGCGCGCGGACGCUUAAUCCCGUUUGUGCUAGAUGCAGACGGAUUGAAGUUGGUGAAGAAGAUGCUGGAUUUAGUAAAGGCCGUGGCGUUGGAUAUUGAGAAAAUUAUGUCUGAAAGCCCUGACAAAACGGACGACUAUCGAGCGCAAGAUGCAAAGAUUGUUGGAAAGCUUGCAGAAGCGUUAGGCGGGGUUACCAUUCUUCGAAAGGGUUCCUAUGAUGUGAUUUUAAAUGGGCUUGCAAGUUUGAUUCAGGAUACCGAGGGUGGGAUGAAACACAGCGGCGGCCAGGGUGACACGCUUAAGGGCUCGCUAGGCACAUUGAUGAGCUGGGGUGCAUCGUACCAUGACAGACUAUGGGAUUCUGGCGAGAACGAUUCAGAUCAGGGAAGUGGCGGGAGGAUUCCAUUAAUGAAAAAGAGGGAUAUUGAGAGAGAAAUUGAAUCGGACAUGAGAUUGUCUCCAACGGCUUUCUGCUUGCUGGUAGCAUGGGCAGGCAGCGGGAUCACUAGGGAAUGCUCGCGAGGAGUGUACAAGGCAGAGGGCUGCAGUAUGCAAGCCAGCGAUCUCACCAGCCAAGUUCAUGACAGCUUCUUACUUUGA